AUGAGGCAGCUCUACCCUAAGGACGGUGAAGUGGAAGAGACAGUCUACCUCUCCAAAAUAGUGAGAGAUAGAAACUACUUAUUAUGUUUUGGGGUCAAACCCAAUGCCACCCAGGAAGAAAUGGAAAAGCCUUACGGGAAACCGGCUUUGAAGUACCACCUUGAUAAGAAUCCAAAUGAAGGAGAGAAGUUUAAACAGAUUUCUCAAGCUUACGGAGUGCUCUCUGAUGCAAAGGAAAGGGAAUUAUAUGACAAAGGAGGAGAACAGGCAAUUAAAGAAGGUGGAGCAGGUGGUGGCUUUGGCUCCCCCAUGGACAUCUUUGAUAGGUUUUUUGGAGGAGGACGAAGGAUGCAGAGAAAAGGAGAGAUUGUCACGUACGGCGAUGUUAAGCGUAUGCUAGACAAAGGCGUGCCAAUUUAUCGUAGACCAUGUGAAAAGGGUCACCUGAUCAUCGAAUUUGAGGUAAACUUUCCUGACAAUGACUUUCUCUCUCCUGAUAAACUCUCUCUGCUGGAAAAACUCCUACCUGAGAGGAAGGAAGUGGAAGAGACUGAUGAAAUGGACCAGGCAGGACUGGUGGACUUUGCUCCACAUCAGGAAAGAUGGCGCCAUUGGAAUGGAGAAGCAUAUGAGGACGAUGAACAUCAUCUUAGGGGUGGUGUUUGGCGGUCAGACCUCUUAAUGGAGCCAGUAAAUAGCACUGCUGGCAUUUUAUAUGCGGUAUUGAAUGAGUGA